UACCCUACCCCUUAUAAAGGCCCGUGAGACUCAUAAAUAAAAUGUCAAAGGCCGAGCGACGGGCUCGGUGCCUGAUGGGAUUGUGGCGGUCUCUCUCUUGUAAUUCGGAAGCCGCCACUGCGUCCGGACUCCCUCAAGAUGGCGACCUCUCUGGGUUCCAACACGUACAACAGGCAAAACUGGGAGGAUGCGGACUUUCCCAUUCUGUGCCAGACAUGUCUUGGAGAAAAUCCCUACAUCCGAAUGACCAAAGAAAAGUAUGGAAAAGAAUGCAAAAUCUGUGCCAGGCCAUUCACGGUGUUUCACUGGUGCCCUGUUCGCAUGCGAUUCAAGAAGACUGAAGUGUGCCAAACCUGCAGUAAAUUGAAGAAUGUUUGUCAAACCUGCCUCUUGGACCUUGAGUAUGGCCUUCCUAUCCAAGUUCGUGAUGCGGGAUUAUCUUUUAAGGAUGACAUGCCAAAAUCUGAUGUCAAUAAAGAAUAUUACACACAGAAUAUGGAAAGAGAGAUUUCUAACUCUGAUGGAACACGACCAGUUGGCAUGCUAGGAAAGGCCACAUCCACCAGUGACAUGCUGCUCAAACUGGCCUGGACCACACCCUACUACAAAAGAAACCGACCCCACAUUUGCUCCUUUUGGGUGAAGGGAGAAUGUAAGCGAGGAGAGGAGUGUCCAUACAGACAUGAGAAGCUUACCGAUCCUGAUGACCCCCUUGCUGAUCAGAAUAUUAAGGACCAAUACUAUGGGAUCAAUGACCCUGUGGCAGAUAAGCUUUUAAAACGGGCAUCAACAAUGCCCCGCCUGGACCCUCCCGAAGAUAAAACUAUCACCACCCUAUAUGUGGGUGGUCUGGGAGAUACCAUUACAGAGACAGAUCUAAGGAAUCAUUUCUACCAGUUUGGAGAGAUCCGGACGAUCACAGUUGUGCAGAGACAACAAUGUGCAUUCAUCCAGUUUGCCACAAGGCAGGCUGCAGAAGUGGCUGCAGAGAAGUCAUUUAAUAAGUUGAUUGUCAACGGUCGUAGACUCAAUGUGAAAUGGGGAAGGUCCCAAGCAGCUAGAGGAAAAGAAAAAGAUAAGGAUGGAACCACAGAGUCUGGCAUCAAGCUAGAACCUGUUCCAGGACUGCCAGGAGCUCUUCCUCCUCCUCCUGCAGCAGCAGAAGAAGCCUCUGCCAAUUAUUUCAAACUACCCCCAAGUGGCCCUCCAGCCAUGGUGAAUAUUGCCCUACCACCACCCCCUGGCAUUGCCCCACCGCCACCCCCAGGUUUUGGGCCACACAUGUUCCACCCAAUGGGACCACCUCCUCCUUCCAUGAGAGCCCGAGGACCAAUCCACUAUCCUUCUCAAGACCCUCAGAGAAUGGGAGCUCAUGCAGGGAAACACAGCAGCCCCUAGCACAUUCUCAGCACUCUGAAGCUUUACAGAAGAAAGGGCGCUUAAAAUUCCCAGUGAACGAGUCUUGGAAUAAGCAUAUUUUUCCCUCCUUUGUAGUUUCCAUGAUAGUUGAAAGUGUUCAGAUGUGGGCAGUUGGUGAACGACAGCCAUGCUUUCCUAUGCAUAUUCAAAGGAUUGAUGGACUUGAAAUAUGCUGCUAUUAGCACAUCUGCUCACCACUAUAACGUUACUAAUAAAACUUACUGCUUCUUCCCCUUAUUUCUAUGGGAAACAAGCCAGAACAUUCCAAGCGUGAAUUGGAAUGUCCUGUGGAGUUACCAAUGAAACUGUAUGUUCAUUUUGUAUCUAUUUGAAGGGAAAAAUUGACCUGUGGUUUAAAAAAAAAAAAAUGGGCCCAUUUUUAUGUCCAUGGGGUAUUUUUAUUUUUAUCGUCUUUUAAAAAAAAAAAAAAAGAUUUCUAGUGCUAAUCAUUGUAGUGACCUGAGUGUGAUUUAACACUUCUGAAGUCACCGCCUCGGAGAGUCAAGUAUUGAUAGGGACAAGUACGCAGCACAGCCCAGGUCUGUUCUUAGCCCUCCUUUCCUCAGUUACUACUAAAGGACUCGUGAUAGUUCUACUUCUCUACGCCACCCAAAAAGAGACAAAAGUAAAAAUUACUUCAUGUUCCUAUCAAUUGGAUGGAAACGCAAAUGUCAGGGAGCUCUGUAUCAUUGAAGAGACUUGGUGGAUGGGACAAAAUGAUUUUAAAGAACUUUUCUGUAAAACACUUUCAUAAACUGUGACAUAAAAGGCA